AUGUGCUUGGCGGACACCCGCCAUUUGCACAGCAUCCAGCCCGCUUGUGCCGAGAUCUCGCGAGAGCCCGUGCGGAGAGCUCUGGGUGUCCCCAUAUCUCCAGCACGGACCCUCCUCCAAGCAGCAGGACGCGGCGGGCGCCAUUUCAGGGAGCAGUCGUUUCUGCUAGAGCCGAGUCCGAAUCUCCUCGUUGUGGAACUUCCUCGGCUUUGGCCUUAUCCGUAAAAUAUCUUUUGAGGCCUAGAUUUUCCCCAUCUCUCUUUCCCGUCGUUGACGGGGUAAUUUUGCCGUUGGGGGGCCUACUUCCCCACCGCCCGAAACAUCCGGAGCCUGAGGUAGUUGCAGCAGCCGCCCUCCUUACAGACACCUGAGCUAGAAGCGGGACCCCCAGCAGCGCAGGUAACUGCCUCCGUCUCUUUGAAGGCCUCCUUUUUGAGGGGCGACUCGAGGGGCCGCGCGCUUUCCGUAAGGCCCGGAGGAGGCCCUGCUUUUGCGUUGGGCCUUCUAGGUGGCGGGCCAGUCUCGUUCCCUUUCCCCCUGGAAGCGUGCGAGCCCGGCCCGACAGACUCGGUGUUCGGUUUUCUGAGGCACGGUAUUCGCUUCUGUUUCGCAACGAGUUGCCAGUGGCUGCGGGGUGGGGGGAGGGUAGGAAGGGGAAGUCGACUGGGACUUGGUUAUAAGGAAUUGGCUUGUAGUCUUAACACGUCAGUUUUCAUGGACCCGAUCGACUUUACUUCAGGGUGAUCGGACCACUUUCCAAAACACAAGAUUUCUAGCCACGUUUUAGUUCAUAUGUUUUCGUGCCAAGCGCCAUAAAACUUUGUGUUGUGUGUUUACGAAAGGUUGAUGCCGUGAGCUAAUAAGGGCAGUUAAUAAAAAGCCUACGUAAUACAUGCUGGAAGGAGAGUAGGAAGACUUGUUUUCUUUGUGUUCCCCCCUCCCCAAGCAUAUUGGGAGGAGGAAUGAAUUCCCCCUUUUCUGCAGAGUUUGCAGUUUGUUUAAUUACAAAAGCAUGAAAAGCGUGCAAGUUUAAGAGUUAGAAUCCUAUCAGGAUAAAUGGAUUCAUUUUAAGUAAAGUUUUCCAUUUUAUCAUUCUCAAAUUAUUAAACCAUCAGUUGGCAACCAAACAGAACCUUUAUAUUGAAUAUGAUCAUAAUCCAACAUUUUUGUUACGUAGUUUAUGCCUCUUCAAACCACACCUGCAAUUUCAUAUGCCAAUACUUAACAUUGGUGUACUCAAAGUAGACCUACUGAAAUAAUGAGACUUAUUUGAGAAUGAGUAACAUAUAUUCUCCGUAGACAUGCCCCUGGACUGGUACAAGCCCAUUGCAUUGGGCUUGAGCAGUUAUUUGGAUUCUGGUCUGAAAGUCCACACUUCACACAAGCAAGGGAUGAAGCAGAUUGUUUCUAAUGUUCAGUGAAAAGUAAAUAGCUAUGCUAUUGUUAGGAUAGCCACACUUACUCAUAAUUUUCCAUAAGCAUGUAAAGUCAUUAUUGUGACACGUUUAUAAUGCUUGACAUCAUCGUUCACCCUUCUACACAGAAAACAGACAUUUGACUGCUUUUUUGAUAGAGGGUCUUGGAUUCAGUUUUAAGGGACUGAAACCGUUGACUUUAACAAGCUUAUAUUAUGUUUCCAUUUUCAAUAGGAUUAUUUGUUUUGAAAAAGUUAUGCUUAAUGUAGCAAAUUUUAGACAAUGUCAAAAUGUGUCUCAAUAAAAAUGUGAAAUGCUAGAAAAUUGCAGCAUUCUUUAAAAGUUGAAUAUCUUGAAUUACUUGUGUAAUCAGUUUCUUAACCCUUAAUUAUACAACUAUUUUGGCAUACCUAUUAUGGAUACCUGUAUGUCCAACUUGUACAAUCGGACAGUAAUAUUUUGCAUCUUGUGGCUAUCCAAAAUCUCUUUAGCAAAUUUAAAUUAUUUUAUAUCAUAUUUCAGUCUUCCAAAAGGGCCCCCAAGAACAGCUAUGUUUGAACAAUGAGCUAUACUCACUAACAAUCAUUAACUUUGCCUAACCUUUGGGCAGUAUUAUUCCUGCACUGUAUUGGUGUUAAUGUAAUGGGAGGCAGAGAGAGAAUGUAAGUUCUUGGCUUAAUUAAGAUUUCACCAGGUAUUUUCAGCUCCUGUUCUUAGUUACCUGCCUCCACUAUUUCAGGUUUGUCUAAUAGUUUAGUUUGUGGUUUGGCUUUGUUAAAUUAUAGUAAAAGAUCGGUCAGAGUUAGGUCUUUGAGUUUCGUGCAUUUUUCAAAUUUAAACUGGGAUAGAAUAAAUUUUGGCCAACCUGUUUUUUGCUUACAAAUAAUUUCCCCUGUGCCAGCAUGUUUUUUGCUGCUGGGGAUUUUCUCAUGUUUCUGAGUUUGCUUUACAGAGAAGAAAUUGGUGUACAGUAUCUUAAAAUUGAUGUUAUUUGUUCUACAUUGGGUAUUUCUGGCAUGGCAUUACCAUUUUACUUACUGGCACACCUUCUUUAAUAAAUGCAAACUUGAAAGACUUUUCCCAAAUGCAUCCAACUCCACACAUGCUAAGCAAAAUACAUACCUGUUGGAAAUCAGAAGUAAUUCAAAGCAGAUAAGCUUGCCCUAACAUCACUGUACACAUUAGUUAGUACUCUCCACUAUUUUUAACUUCACUAGCUAUCAACACAGUGUUGUAUUCUCUGAACUCUCACACUUAAGCAGUGGAACUUCCUCUCCCUUUCUUUCUCACAUGCCCUUCAGAUUUGUUCUGAGGGCUCCCCAACAGUGUUUGAAAUACCCCUGGCACGUUUUGCGACUGGCAUGGGUCCAAUUGUGACCAUAUGGAGAUCUCUGGAUGCCAGGCUGCCGACUGACAUCUCCAUCUGGCUGGCCCCUCCAGCUUUCUUUACUAGGUAUGCAGAAGAGCUUUUUGCAUUUAUAUCUCACCCUUUUCUCCAAGGAGUACAUGGUUCACCCCUCUUCAGUUAAUCCUUAUAACAACCCUGUAAGGUAGGUUAAGAGGCUGUGAUUUGCCCAAGGUCACCCAGUGAGCUUCAUGACGAGUGGGGAUUUGAACCCUCAUUUCCCGGAUCCUAGUCCAACACUCUAACAAGUACACAACACUGGCUUCCUAGAGUGCUUCUGCUUUGGGGCAGCUAUAUAAAUUAAGUAGGUAAAUAAAUAUGGGGAAAGCAAAAUAUCCCUUAGGGAAGCAUCUGAAAUACUUUCCUUGAAGCUUCAGUUGUUUUAUUCUGGACUAUUUUAUUUGAUGUUUUAAUGUGCUGUAAACCACUUUGAGAUUUUUUUCUUUAAAAUAUAAAGCAGUACAGAAGUGAAAUGAAUAAAAAGUAACAAAAAUAAUAAAAUUCACUGCAGGAAAAAAGGUACCUAGACAUUCCUAUGUGGAGACCAUAACCCAGGUUUAAGAUGGCAUUUGGUGAUUAGUUUACAUUUCUGAGUUUCUAAUGCUUCCCCCCCACCUUCUGAAGGAGAUUUGGGGGUCUGCAUGUGUGAACAGGAGAGGGAGCAGUUUUGUUGCACAAGUGGGAGUAAUUACGUGAGUGCAAUUAUGUUGCUUUCAACACUCUUUGAAACCCCUAAAACAAUAUUACUGUGCUGUAUAAAAGCAGUCAUAAAAAAAGUUCAGUGUUAGAAAUUGAGAUAUGAAAGCUAGGAGCUAAAUGCCAAAUUAAACCUAGGUUAUGAGUGCAGCUACAAAAUGUUGAAUCACACUUUUUAAAUAACAAGAAUACAAAGCUGAAAAUGAACUGCAGCUAAAAUAUUAUGUUCAUUUUUCACAUGGUCUAGUCCUUCCCCUGCCCACCCCCUAAUAUUCUUAAGAGGGUCUUUUCUCCAUUCUUCAGAGAGUAGCUUAGAGUAGUCUACCCAUAAUCCUUAUUAUAACAAGCUCAGGAUUGUUGAUAUCUUGCAAUUGGGGAAUCUGCAACAGCUGAUUCCAUAUGAAAUAUUUUCUGGGAUAGUUUAACUAAUCUGUUCCGAAUUUUUGACCCAAGGAGUCAAUGAUUCAUGGCAGAUUUCAGGUGAUGGGAAAUCAUCAGAUUCGGGAGGAACUUCUAAUCUGAAGCUCUAUUGAGCUUUUUUCACCACAGGGAUGUAUCUCCCACACCCUGGAGGUAAGGCAACAACACAAAAUGGCUUCCCUUUUAUAAUUCUGCAUAGCUGUAUUCACUGUUGAUUUUAGGGAAAUGUUUUCCAUCAGUCAACUUUAACCUUGAGCAAACAGCAUUUACAGUAACAAAAUGCUCAACCAAAAAUGUUAGAGCAUUCCAGGGACAGUUUUAUGGGAGGGUAUAUGCAUAUAUGCAUUUUCAAGAGUUCAUUUUUCAAAAUGUGGUUAAACAAUUGGAAUUUCUAGAUUAUUGUUAUGUGUUACAUUGAAUUGAUAAUUGAAUUGGUUCCAAAAGUUUGAUAUUAGUGCAUAUCUGGUUUAACAAGAGUAUGUUGCUUGUUUUGCUUUCAGCAGUUGCUUGGAGCCUGCAGCAUCUGUGUUCUUGCCCAUUGACAAAGUCUGGGCUCUCCAUGAUAGAGAAAUUGAGAGAGAGAAACUGUAACCUGAGUUGAAUAUCACAUUUAUUUUAAGAAAUCUUUACCUCUGUUAGUCAGAAAGCCAACAGAGAAUUAUAAUAAUUUGUUGUCUUUGAAAGUCAAAUGACUUGGUGAGGGGUUUUCAGCAAAUUAUUAUCUUAAUUACACAGGUAUUACUGGAGUAAUAAAACGUAUUAUGGCUAUUUGGAGAAGGGAUAUUUUAGUAUGUUUUAUUAGCAAAUAUGCUUCUGUUUAUGUAUGUUGGGUAGGUAUUUACAAAAGUAAUUUACAAACAUGGGAACCGGGUUUACUUUUUCUCUGGAUAAUAGGAAAACUGCGUAGUUUUGUGUUUGGCCGAAUGUGUUACAUGCUUCCAGAGACGGUGACUUUUUGCAGGCAUAAUGCUGAAGCCGUGCUUUAGUGUUACAGGAUUAAGCCUAGCCUCUCUUUUGAGCUCACACACUUCCCUCUCCUCCAGCAUAGCUACACCUAGGAGAUUAUAAAUUAUCACUUGGAAUUUUAGCUGAACUACAGUUUAGCAUGUUUGAACCCUAACCUCUGGUAAAUCUUCUCUAUAGUUAAUGAAAGCCAGCCUGCUAUGGUUUAAGGUUGGCUUGUUUCCAUUAGCCAUAGUUAAAAUUAAUCACAGUUGGUCCAGAGUUUGGUAAAACAAAAGCUAAUGUUAAUCAAAAAUGGACAUGAACGCUUGUGGACACUGGUACCUUUCAUUUGCACUAGAGGGAGAAGAAAGGGUGUAAAAAGUAGGGAGAAGCUUGGUUCAUUCACUUUAACAGUGUUAUGUCAAAACUGACCUAGAGUUUCAAGAAUGUUCAGAAUAUAAAACUAUGAAUCAUUUGGAAGUGUGGACUGAUGCAACUUUUGUCACCAUCAGAAUCAUCAAGCUCUUAAUUUUUGAACUAGUCUGGAUUAGUACAUGCUUGACUAAAGGAACUUUUUCCUCUUUCUAGGUGUCGUGA